AUGUCGGGCCCACUCGAGGGUAUCAUUGUGCUCAGCGCAGAUGGCCGGCCCGUGGUCCACUCGCACUUUGCAAACCGCAUCCCCUCCUACCCGCUCCUCCACUCGGACUACUUUGCCACGCUCGUGGCCGGCAUCAACUCUGCAAAUGCGCACAUUUCGUCCUCGACGUCUUCGAGUACAGCGCAAGCAUCGGCGACCGCAACGGCAGGACCUUCGCGCAUCUAUUUCACCAAAGAUAUCAAGCCCGUCAUCUGGGUCCCCGGCGUACCGGAUGUCAAUCCGCUGGAUUUGCAGAACGAGGACGACGAGGAUGAGGAUGAGCACGACGCAGAUGAUGCGGACGCAGCAGACGUGACAGCAAAUUUGGGUGAGCUGUCCUUGGCGAGCCAGCUGAGCGCACGUAUUACCGCCAGUCGUACUGCGCCUUCUGGUACAGCUUUGCAGGAUGUCAAUGUUUGGGACGAAGGCGGACCCCCCGCGGCGGCAACAGCAGCAGCGUCGUCAACUUCUUCCGUACCACAAGCCCAAGCAUCCACAAAUACCAUCGCUGCACCGCCAGCUACAACAACGGCGGAACACAGAGGCGACCGAGUGGUACAACACGCCGCAGAAGCACUCGCCGAGCAAGGCGCCGCUCUCAUCCACGUCGGUUCUGGACCGCUGCGUUUCCUCUGUCCCGUCUCUCGUGAAGUGGACCCGCUCGUACCACUCACUUUCCUUCGAUCCUUCAUCUCUAUCCUCCAAGAAUAUCUGACCCAAUCCACCGACCCCAGUCUGCUCACCGAAGACACGCUCCGCGAUCAUUUCGAUAUCGUCUACCAGCUCUUCGAAGAGAUCGUCGACACCGACGGCAACAUCCUCACCACCGAAGUCAACAUGCUCAAGAGUCUCGUUUUGCCGCCCAACUGGGUCGGCAAGCUGGUCAAAGCCGUCGGCGUCUCUGGUCUGGCCUCUGCUGCACCACCACCGUUGAUCUCGACGAUUCCGUGGAGGAGGCCGAAUUCCAAGUACACCAACAACGAGUUGUACGUCGAUCUCGUCGAGAGCUUGGAGGGCAUCGUUUCCAGGACGGGUCGGCCGGUGGCGCUCGAUGUGUGGGCAGCGGUGCAGUGCAAUGCGAGGUUAUCGGGGACGCCCGAUCUUUCAUUGACGUUCAACACGCCGAAUCUGGUUCAAGACGAGAGCUUCCAUCCUUGUGUAAGGUAUCGGGUCUGGAGGAAGGAGAAGAGGUUGUCGUUUGUUCCUCCUGAUGGCAACUUUGAGUUGGCGUCUUUCCGUAUUGGGCAGCCAUUCCUUGCUACCGGAGAAGCGAGCAAGACGACCAGCAGCAACAAGGGGCCGACAAACGGAUGGACAAAGGCGAUCCCGCUUCAGUUGUCGCACUGCAUCGAAGCUCAGAAGGGAUCGGCGACCGUGCUGUUCCAAGUGGCUGCUUCACCGUCGUCCAGCACGUCCACGUCCUCUUCCUCGUCGCUGUCGUCGCACCCGACGUCGCGCACAAAGGGUCCGGAUCCCGAGGGCACGCUCGAAGACGUCACGCUCACCUUCGGUCUCGGACCAGGCGUGGUCUCGUUCGAAGCAUCCGUUGGCGGCGCACCCAUGCCCGCCACCACCACCACCACUUUGAACCCAUCCAUCGUUCCCUCAGCAGGCGACGUCUACGGCAGCUACAUCUACGACCCCUCCACCAAACUUGUCCGCUGGACCAUCCCCAAGCUGCUCCCCACGCAAUCCCAACGUCCCUGCCUGCUCAAACUCACUUGGACCACCAGCGAUGCGCGUACCGCACCGACGCACUCGAGCGCCGUGACCGUCACCUGGACCAACCCCACCCAAAGCUUCUCGCAUCUCAAAGUAGACUCGGUCAACCUGACCAAUACCCAUACGCACCCGUAUCGGCCCUUCAAAGGCGUCCGCUCCUUUUCCCGCGGCAAACUCGUCUUUCGCGUCUGA